AUGGAUUCUCUACCCGCAUACCAUGAGCUCGACAAAGAUGUUGCAACGCUCGUCGCUCCAUAUCUUGACACUCAUGAUCUUUACUCUGGAUGUCUUGUCUGUUCUCAUUUCAAUCAGAUUUUUGGGGAUUAUCUUUGGGCCAACCCCUUCAGAGACCUAGCUAACAGAACUAAGCCGUGUGAACUUGUUUCGAGGUUCUUAUCUGCCUCCGACUGUCAUAAUCCUGAAAUCCUUAAAAGAGUUCGAAUCAUCGACAUGCGUGCACUACAUGAGAUCAAGCGCGAUAGAGCUCACACUAGCGAUUACAUCAUAUUUGGGACCCACUUGAAGCCGGAGUUGUUCUUCAAAUUCUUCAAGAACUUCCCCAACCUCAAUUGCGUCCUUCUCGCACCUACAUGCUCCGAGGAUUACGGCAUACUUCAUGGCUCCGAGCUGCCAAGUGAAUAUAAUGACAUACCGCAAUUAGAGUUUUUCAGCGCGGCUGGUUGUACUACCUUCAACUGUUCCCUCAUUCUUCGCCAAAACAUAACCAAACAUUUGAUCUAUCUCGAUGCAUCCGGAACUGCCCGCAGUCCAAACUGGAGAGCCUUGUUUACCAUCGAGAAUCUUCCGAACAUUAGGAUCUUGAAAUUAAGAGGCUUGAGACUCAUGGAUACCAUGUUACCUCCCAUAGUUACCAACUCUAGACUACAGAUUUGGUCUUUAGAUCUCCGUGACAAUCUCUUGACCGACAAUGUCAUUCUUUCACUAUUACGAAGCUGCUUCCUCGCCCGAUUUCCAGGUAUUACAUAUGGUCCACUCCGGGCAGCCGACGAGUAUCUGUUCGAACAUCCUCCAUUUUAUCGUGAGGCUGACGAAGGUGCUGACUCCAUUCAUACCACUACGACUAUACUCCGCCCUGAUAACAUCAAGCUAGUUGAGUGGUCCACUCCAGGAGGACUCGCACUGAAUAUCCUUGAGCGAAAGAACAACGUCGAAGAUAGUCUCACGAUGGUUACAGGCAUUACUCACCUCUAUAUCUCCAACAAUAAGUUUACACACAUAGGGAUACAGUACCUCCUUUCUCAGACCAAUUCUCUUCAAGUCCUAGACGUUGGCUCUAGCCGCACAAAUCUACCACCAGAUGUUUCUGCUGGUGUCGACGUCUUCGCACAAGCAUGUGUUAUACCUUUACUCUCUCGAAAAAGGAAAUCCCGUCUAGAAGUCCUGCGCAUUCAUCACUCUGUUAUAACACUCCGCCCUUCGGUCAUAAGCCAAAGCAACAGACACGACGACAAAGAAGCAAUCUCGAAUGACAAGACCGGAGAAAAAUGCAAAAUAAACCUAGAAAAACAAGCCCCUCUUUUCGAUCCUCACCACAACACAAGACUCCGCUCUCUAACCCUCACAUCCAUCCCUCGCAAAUCAAACAACAAGGAGCUCUUCCUCUCAUUGAAAUCCUUCCUCACCAGACUCGCAGCACAAGAAACCAAGAUCCGCCAUGCGCGUCAGAACAUCAAGAGUCGACGUGCUCCUCUCCUAUACCCCGGACUCAGAAACCUUACAUUAGAAUUCCUACCUGAGGAACAAAUAGCUCAAUCUUCAGAAGCUGGAUCGGUUACGGGUGAUGGGGAUGCGGAUAGUUAUUACCAGGAAAUGGCGAGGGAUUUCUCGUUUUUAAAUCAGGAGAAUAGUCGGACGUCGACUACUAGGAGUGAACAGCAGGAGGAGAUUGAGUCGGUGCAUAUGGUUGAUGUUGUGGAGGAGUUGAAGAAGUGGAGAAAAAUUGAUGUUGGACGUUGGAGUGGGGAAUUGAGGAUUGUGUUGUUUUAG